UGUUGCAACGCGACUCUAGUCUAGCUCCCGGUAGAGAUUUUUCUGCAGGAAACUAACUUUAUAGCUAUAUUUCUUGUGGCUUGAUCAAUAUGAGGAUUUCUCCUCCGCCUGACGGACUUUAACCUUUAUCACGUCCAACUACGUGAAUCCCGGAGGACUUCACACGGACUCUUUGAUAUCCGCUUUACAGCCAGAGGUAUUUUUUUUAUCAGCCAUCUGUCCCUGAUGUCCUCCAGAGGUAAAAAUGACUUGUGCAGAAUAUGUGGCAGUGCUCUCCAGGGAAACCAGAGGCGGUGGCUGUUUGGGGGCCAAAAUAAGAAGGCUGGUCAGCCUCAGACCCCGACAGAGUCCCUCAGAAUAGGAAGCCUGUCCCGGUCCUCACAGAGCAGCCCCUGGGGCAGCACAUUAUCUCUUGGUUCCUCAGCGUCUCUCUCCAAGUCCCAGUUAUCCUUGAGCUCCCCGUCCAAAGGAGCGGAUCUGCUCUCAGUGUUGACCCACAUACUAGGGCAGUCUGUUCCACGGGGCAGCGGGCAGGGGGAGUUUGUGUGUGGCAAGUGUGUGUGCGUCCUCGAGCGGGUGUUCAAGUUCGACUCAGUGAUAGCCAGGGUGAGGGUGCUUUCAUCUGAGAGGCUUCAGAAGCUGAUGCAGGAGAGGGACAAGAUCAGACAGUGGGUGCGCCAAAACUACCUCCAGAGAUAUCCACGGGACAUCCAGAGCAGGGGCAGCACUAGCGAGGAGGAUGGAGAGACGGAGAAGGAGGGCUACAGGGAGAUGCUCAGAGAGAAUAUGGCACUCUCAGAAUACGAGUGCUGGUCCGAGAAGUGGGACACAUGUCCAUAUUUUAUAAGAACGGGUAAAAGAUGCAGAAAGGGCAAAGGAUGUGAAGGCUGCGAUUCCUUACGGGUGUCUGACUCAGAUUAUGAGUCUGUUUGUGGGGUUCCUCGCCGCUUGCCUUUCCCACCCUUCUCCCCGCUGGCAUUGUCGCGGGACAAAUCCCAGAGCAUGCCCCUACACUGGCAGAGGGUGCCGUCUAUCAGCUCCAGCCCGGCUUCACUGGCGGGAUCCAGUCUCUCUUUACGAGCGUCUUCCCGCACUGAGUCCAUUCAGUCUCUGGACUCACUGGAUGGCAAUGACCCGUUUGAGUCACCAGGUGAUCAGUCAGUCAACUUCAUGCUGAAGGAGCUGAGAAGUAUUGAGGGGAAGCCGGUCAGUUCACCCUCAGGCAGCAGGAUCCCAGUUCUAAACAGGAAGGAUGGUGGGUACUCGGGAAAAACUGGAGAGAUGACGUCACCCGCAGUGAACAGGGCGCUGAACUUUGGGGAUGUGGAGAAUGGAGGACAUGAAAUAGAUGAAGAGGACGGCGAUGUCCUUACAGAGCUGAGGGACGAGUACAUGCCUCUACAUCGGGACAGCACUACUGGCAGGGUUCACCAUGCAGUCAGGCACCUGCGAGGACAGCUGGACCAAGCUGUGUCCCGUAUCAGGACCCUGGAGGCCGAGCUGAAGCAUGGGAGGAGCAAACCAGCUGAAGUCAACGGAUUGGACUGGGCACCUUUGGUUCAGGAGGAGGGUGGCAGCUCCCUGCUGCAGAGCCUCGGUCAUUCCCUGCACAGCCGGGAGCGUCUGAUCCAGGAGUGUAUGGGUCUGAUCAGAAGACUGUGUGUGGAGGAGGGAGAAGGUGCUGAGCUAACCAACAAGCUGACUGAGAAUCUGAAGGAAAUUCUCUCGGACAACAAGGCCGCCUUGAAGACUUUGAGGUCUGAAAUGACUGAUAAAGAGAAGGGCAUGGAGAAAGAGAUCGAGGCUCUGAGGAAAGCCGGAAGAGACAGAGAGAGAGACCUUGACACACUCAACACCGUGCUGCAGUGCAACCAGGAUAUUAUCAAUGACUUACGAGUGGCUCUGGGGGAGAGGGAGCAACUGAUGAAGGAUGUGGAAAAAGAGAGGGAGGUGUGGAGACAGAGGGACCAGGCCCUGGCUGCCGUCCUGCAGGAGAAGGAAACUCUGAUCCACUGCCUCAAAGAGGAGCUGGAGAGCCGUCAGAAAGACGUGCAGGCUCUUUCUGACUCUGUGACUGGUCAGGAGAUGGAAGGGGGUGGGACUGGGCAAGCAGCCGUGUUGAAAGAAAGAGAGAGAAACAGCGCCAACCUGUGCCAGGAGGUCACCAAACUCACCACAACCCUGCAGGAGUACCAGGACAUGGUGCAGAACCAGCAGGAGAGUCACAGUCAGACAGUGUCUUCUCUGACGGGUCAACUCAGAGACACUCGACAGGAGCUGAGGAAGAAAGAGAAGGAGAAGAAGGAGGCUGAUAGAGCCUGGCAGAACACCAGAGAGGACAGAGAGAGAGAUGAGAGGAAACUGAGGGACAGUCUGGAGAAGAGAGACAAACUCAUUGAGCAAAUCCUGUUGGAUGCUGAGGAGCGGGACCAUCUGUUCAGGGAGCUGCAGCAGAACCUUCAGAACAAACUGGAACCCGAGACUGCUAUGAGGCACACACUGUGAUAGAGGGGAGAGCAUACUGGAAUACUUUGCACUUUCUGCACCACCUUUUUGCCUCUUCAGCAUACUUAUCGUGAUGUACAUUAAGUUUAUUUAUAUUUAUCUUUCCACGUUUUUGCUGUUGCAGACCUGCUUUGUCCUGCCAUGACCUGAAGGACAGUUUAAAUUUCCAUCAUUGCUACUGAACCCUCUGGAGUGAAUCAGGAAUUUCAGACUAAUAGAGUCAGACACAGCCUGAUUGUUUUCAGUAUAGAGAGAUGUCAGGUGUAUCUUCUAACUGAAUGUUUAAUACUUGAUUUAAAAACCACCUGAUUACUGUUUUUUUUUCUUGUUUUUCAUGUAAUGGGGUCUAAUGGUAAGGUGGUGAUUAGAUUUCAUUUCAUUCUGUGCGACUGUUGCAGACACAAACAUUUCUGAAUGGUGUGAUUGUUAGUGGAUCAGAGUGACCCUCAUUAUGUCCUUUAGGACAGUAGUGGGUAUGAUGUUGCUUUAAAUAUGAAUUUUCCUCCCUUUAUUCUAUGAAGCUCUUUGCAGUGGUGUCUUGUGUUUUUCCUUUUUUCUGUCUCAGUACAGAUCUGCCGAUUUUUUUUCUGUUUACUGUGCUAGUCUAGGUGCGCAUGGAGGGGAAUACCUAGGACCAAAAUAAUUUUUUUAUCCGCUUUCAUUUUCUGAUUUUAUAAAUGUCUUAUUUUUUUAAUUUUAUUUUGGUACUAUCCUCAAUUAUCUUCAGUGUUUACAUGUCUUGUAUUGUUAGUCUGAGACGUAUGCAUUUUCUUUCUUUUCGCUCAAGAAAAUUAAACACUCUGGCCCGA